UCUAAUGUUUGCAGAAUGAAGAGGAAUAAUUUCUCUGUUGUGAAUAAAAUUGCCCAGUGUCCACCAGUGGUGAAACAACCCAAACAUGACUUCUGCUCUUCUCUCAACCAGACUCCCAUGUACACUGUUCUCAUAGACUGGGGAAGUUUGCCUUACCAUGUGGUAUUACGAAUUUUUCAGUAUCUCCCUUUAGUAGAUCGAGCCCGAGCAUCUUCUGUGUGUAGGAGAUGGAAUGAAGUAUUUCACAUUCCUGAUCUUUGGAGAAAGUUUGAAUUUGAACUGAACCAGUCAGCGACUUCAUACUUCAAGUCCACGCAUCCUGAUCUCAUCCAGCAGAUCAUUAAAAAGCAUGCUGCCCAUCUCCAGUAUGUCAGCUUUAAGGUUGAUAGUAGUACUGAAUCAGCAGAAGCUGCCUGUGAUAUACUUUCUCAGCUGGUAAAUUGUUCUCUCCAGACCUUGGGACUGAUUUCAACAGCCAAACCAAGCUUUAUGAAUGUGUCAAAGUCUCAUUUUGUGUCAGCACUUACAGUUGUGUUUGUCAACUCAAAAUCAUUGUCAUCAAUCAAAAUUGAAGACACACCAGUGGAUGACCCUUCAUUGAAGAUUCUUGUGGCCAAUAAUAGUGAUACUCUAAGACUCCUAAAAAUGAGUAGCUGUCCUCAUGUUUCAUCUGAUGGAAUCCUUUGUGUGGCUGACCACUGUCAAGGCCUUAGAGAACUGGCAUUGAAUUAUUAUAUUUUAAGUGACGAACUUCUCCUGGCACUUUCAAGUGAGGCUCAUGUUAACCUUGAACAUCUUCGAAUUGAUGUUGUAAGUGAAAAUCCUGGACAGACUGAGUUUCGUUCUAUUAAAAAACACAGUUGGGACGCACUUAUUAAACACUCCCCUGGAGUUAAUGUCGUUAUGUACUUCUUUUUAUAUGAAGACGAAUUUGAGACAUUUUUCAAAGAAGAAACCCCAGUUACUCACCUUUAUUUUGGUCGUUCAGUAAGCAAAGCAAUUCUAGGCCGCAUAGGUCUUAACUGCCCACGACUAAUUGAGUUGGUGGUAUGUGCAAAUGGUCUUCAGCCUCUUGAUAAUGAACUUAUUUGUAUUGCUGAACACUGUAAAGACUUAACAGCCUUGGGCCUCAGUGAGUGUGAAGUUAGCUAUAGUGCAUUCCUUGAAUUUGUGAGACUCUGUGGGAGAAGGCUAACCCAGUUGUCUAUCAUGGAGGAAGUUCUGGUCCCUGAUAACAGUUAUAGUCCAGAUGAAGUUCACACUGAAGUCUCUAAAUAUCUGGGAAGAGUAUGGUUCCCUGAUGUGAUGCCUGUCUGGUAA